AUGUCUCAGAGUUCCGAGCGUACACUCACGACCACCACUAUCCCAAAUUCCCUUCCUAGUGCACACCACUUUGUGUCACUAAAACUCACCCAUCGGAUCCUUUUCUCUCUCUUCUUCUCGUUCGACAAUAGGCUGCUCGGCUUCAUUGAUGGCUCUCAGUCGUGUCCAUCUCCGGUGAUCGAACUCCCCGCCGGUGAGCAGUCAGACGACGUUGCCUCCGUCACACCGAAUCCGACGUACGAAGCAUGGAUUGAGCAGGAUGCUUCCAUCCUAUCCUUGCUCAUCUCGUCGAUCUCGGAGGAGGUGAUGUACCUCACGCUUGGACAGACGACUUCUCGUGCGGUGUGGCUCGCGGCGGAGACGACGCUCGCCUCUUCUUCGCAUGUCCGCUGCCUCAACCUCAUGGGGCAGUUCCAAUCACUUCGACAGGGAUAUAGCUCUACACCGGAGUAUCUAGGGCGUGCCCAGCAUUUGGUCGAGGAUCUAGCGCUCGCCAGGCGAUCGCUGACAUUAACGGAGCAGAACCUCUAUGUCUUCCGGGGGCUGCGGCCGGAGUUCCGGUCUAUGGCAGCCUCCCUGGCGGUCACCGAUACGCCGGUGACGAUCCCGCAGCUGGCAGAUUAUUUGCAGGCGUAG